AUGGGCGGUGGUAGGCCCAGCCGGACGGAGAAUGGAUCAGAUUCAAUAUCCAACAGCCAAUCUGGAAUCGGUUCUGGUUCGGUUACCAGAACAGGGUCUGGAUCUGGUCUUGGAACUGGCUCAGCUCUAGGAUCAAUCAUUGGGUCUGCUAUUGGGUCCAAAUCGAGAUCCGUUUCAAAUAGCAGUAGCAUUGGACCAGGGUCUGGUGGAGGAUAUUCUCUUCUGCUGAGGUUUAUCGAAUCUUCACAUUUCUCACUCUUUUUAUGUGUAUCGUAUCUGGAGCGAUAUGCUGAUAAUUUGGGAAUUCAUUAUCAUUUGUGUAACAAAAUUCGAACCUACCCACCGGCAGAAGUCGAGUUUUUCCUUCCUCAGCUAGUACAAUUGCAUGUUACAGUUGAGACAGAGUCUAUGGCUCUAGAAGAUCUAUUGAUAGAGCUUUGUGAUGAUUCUACUCAUUGUACGUUACUGGUGUUUUGGCAGUUACAAGCACAUCUUACUGAGUCGUCUACAGAACCAGAAUCAUAUGGGUUCCAGGUCUGCAAGAGAUUGUAUAAUAAACUUCAAUAUUUAUUAUUUAAUGUUGGUUCGGCUCCUAGUCACAAGUUACGGGAAAAUACUGGUCCAGCAAUUAUUCUUGCUUCAUUAUUUGCAUCUGGAGUUGGCAUGCCUGCUGCUCCGGGAUUCAUCAAACCCUUAAUGGUAUCACAGGGUCGGAAACAGAGAACUCAUAUCUUUCAUAUUGCAACCAAGCUUUUACGGAGCAAGUCUACAUCGAACGUAACAGCCACUGACAACUCUAAGAAAUCGGAAUCUGAAGAUGCUAAUUCUGGUCCUCCUGUUAUGAGAAGAGUAAGAACUGCCAGUACUGUAACCGUCAGUACUACGGGAUCCACAAGUAGAGUCGCAUCUGUUUCAUCGGUCGCAUCUGUUCGAACAUCUACAACUACUGUGCCUGCUAUAACCGAUGCUGAAGCUGACAGCAGCAUCGUAUCAGAAGCAGGUGCUACUGGAAAUGCGUCAUCGCUCAAUGUUUCACGUACAGCUGGACCCGCUCUUAAAUCGCAACGGUCUACGAGACUGAUCAAGGACGACGUCUAUCUACGAGGAAAGACCGAGGCAUUAUCAUUACCAGAUCUAUCAUCGUCUAGUUAUCGUAACAGAGCUAACUCAGACGCGUCUCCACCUCUGUCGCCUGUGAUUGUUGGCCGUCGAGUGACUUCGAAUCCUACUAGUCAGGUUCCUCGACAAGAGCUGGUUCGACAAUUGAAAACCAAUUACUUCCGCUGUGAGACACAGUUUGUAUAUGCAUUGCAGUCUAUUUCCACGCGACUUUUGCAAGUUCCAAAACAGGCACGACUAGCAGCUCUUCGCGUCGAGCUUGCUCUUAUAAAUAGAGACCUUCCAGCUGAAGUUGAUAUUCCUCUGCUACUUCCGACCCGCACCAACGGACCUAAUCCAACCCAGAAUAGAAUAGUUCGCAUAUCCCCAGCCGAAGCUACAGUACUAAAUUCAGCUGAAAAAGUCCCCUUCCUAAUGUUAAUUGAGUUUCUUCGCGAUGAUGUCGAUUUCAACCCGGACAGCGAGAAAAAUAAGCAUCUGUUAUCGAAUAAAACUGACAGGAGGUAUAUUUUCGACAUGGCGUAUCUCCAUGACCAACGUAAAAAAGAACGUGGUAUUGCUGGUGAUGCAUCCACAGAAAUUGCAGAUGAUGAAGAUGAUGAUGUCGACUAUAAUGAAUUAAAUGGUAACGAUGAACUAAUUCCACCAACAGAAGAACGAGAUGUUGGCGAUAUGUCCAUGGUCGGUCUAUACUACGAGGGACACAGUGGUCAACCAGAUGCUCUAACGGCUUCUAUAUCUGCCUUACCGUUCCACGCUAGCCACAACGACUCUUCAUCUUCACCACGGGCGUCUAAUUUAUCAUUCUCUUCAUCCUAUGUGAGCCCAGCUUCAAGCUCCUCAAACAAUAAUAAUAUUGACAUCACCGAUCUUGCAACACAUAUGCGAACAGCAGCCAUCAUGUUAACCCAGUUGGAUGGAGCUAAUGGUUCAAAACUUCCCAGAGACGAGAUAGCGUCUAUCAAAGCUAAGAUCAUUGCCAAUAUGCAAAGCAUGGAAGACCAUACCAUGAAUCCAACAACCAUUUUCAAGGGAGAAGCGGGUGAGCGAAAGCUGGAGAACGACUUGAAAACAGCCGGUAUUGGUGCGAGCGAUGAUCCCAGCGCUGCUAAUCUAGGAGAAGACUGGACUCUGCGUAAAGAGAGGAUCAGACGAACCUCGCCAUAUGGUCACCUGCCCAACUGGGACCUGUUUUCCGUGAUUGCAAAGACCGGAUUUGAUCUUAGACAAGAAGCAUUUGCAUGCCAGCUGAUUGAGGCAAGCAAUAAAAUAUGGGCAGAUAGCGGCGUGUCUGUGUGGGUGAAGAAGAUGCGAAUUCUGAUUACUAGUGAGUCGACUGGUCUUGUAGAAACAAUUACCAACGGGUUGAGUAUCCAUUCAAUUAAGAAAGCUCUCACCAAUGCAUCUAUUGCUAAUGGAACCAAUCCCAAGGGUACUAUUGCAUCGCUUUCAGAACAUUUUGAAAAGAAGUUUGGUGCCCGAGGCUCCGAUACACACAACGAAGCAUUAUCAUGUUUUGCCAAAAGUUUAGCUCCAUACUCGAUCCUGUCGUACAUUCUACAAAUCAAAGAUAGGCACAAUGGUAACAUUCUUCUCGACAAUUAUGGUCACAUCAUCCACAUUGACUUUGGAUUUCUACUAUCGAACUCACCGGGACAAUUUGGAUUCGAGGCUGCUCCAUUUAAGCUGACCCAAGAAUAUGUUGACCUCAUGGGCGGUGUAGACUCGGAAUACUUUCAGCAGUUCCGAUAUCUUCUGAAACAGACAUUCAAGACGCUCAGAAAACACGCAGAAUCAAUAAUAAUCCUGGUGGAAAUGAUGUCGCGGGAUUCCAACCUGCCAUGCUUCUCGUCAGGACCGGCGACCUCGCUGCAGCUGCGGCAGCGAUUUCAACUACACCUGAGUGACACGGAAGUCGACCAGUUCGUAGACAACGUGCUCAUCCAAAAAAGUCUCGGCAGCAUCUACACCAGACUGUACGACCAGUUCCAGCUGCUCACCCAAGGUAUAUAUAGUUGA